CUCAGGGUUGCAGCAGAAACACUCCCCGUCUUUUUUCUUUCCAUAUUUAUAAACGCAUCAUAUCCCAUUUAUAUUAUUUCUGAGGUUACAGUUCUUUGAGGCCAGUUGCAUGCAUUGUUCGUCUCCAAAAAUGGUUUGCGAGACUAAAAUAGUUGCGGAUGAACACGAUGCCAUACAAGGGAACAAAAAAGAUUCUAUUAUCGUUUCCUCCUCGCAAAUGUGGACUUCUUCCACACCGGCACCGAAUCCGAUCGAGGAAAAUGAUGUGAGGAAAGAUACGGUUUUUAUCCGUGAGUUUGAGCGCACGGACCAUGUGGAAGUGCGCCGCAUCUUUUACGAGGGGAUCAUGGAGAGAAUCCCCAACACCGCAUUCAGAGGCAUAUUACAGCAAAGUCAAACCCAAUUCUUAUAUGUUUUUCUGACACUAAUGUGCUUUGUUGUGAGCAAAUCCCUCACGCUGACCAGCUGUGCGCCGUUCGUUCUCAUGGCCGCGCGCUACUUCUACAGCAGCAAAGUUAUCCACAACUAUCUGGCCUGCGCGCUCCGAACUGACAUGGCGGACAUCGAGGAGUAUUACAUGAAACCCACAGGCUCGUGUUUCUGGGUGGCAGUGCUGGAGGGUCAGGUGGUCGGCAUCGUGGCAGCGCAGGGCCGGGAGGACGAUAACACGGUGGAGCUGCGCCGCAUGUCGGUGGACUCGCGCUUCCGCGGCAAGGGCAUCGCCAAGGUGCUGGGGCGCCGCGUGCUGGAGUUCGCCGUGCACAACAACUACGCCGCCGUUGUCCUGGGAACCACCGCCGUCAAAAUGGCCGCCCACAAGCUGUACGAGUCACUGGGCUUCCGGCGGACGGGCGGGAGCGAGGACUACAUGCUGCCUGGCAUGAGCGGCUCGCCGCUAGAGAGGCUCUUCUUUCAGAUCCGUUACCAGCGUUACCGCCUGCAGCUCCGCGAGGAGUGAGGGGUGAGAGGGGAGAGGGAUGGAAAGAGAGAGCAACGACACCUCCUCCUCGAAGCAGAGCCCCUUGCCCGACGAGCCUCGACCAAGUCCCCGAUCAAUCUUAUACUCCUCUGACAACUUUAUUUUGUAUCAGUUACUUCUUCUUACUACUUACCACUACUAUGUCUAUUCAUUAUUUCUAAGUCAUUAACUUAUGGGUUUUUGUUUUACAUUUUAGAUUUAGUGUUUUACCCCCCCCCCUUUGAGUAAAUUAUUUUGUUUUGCCUAGUUUCCCGUCCUUUCCUGUUGUAAGAAAAAAUAAUCCCUAACAUAUAUCACCGUCCCAUGCCUAUUCAAAUGACAUCUUCAAUUGAGUGUUCCUGUUGCUUUUGAUAGAAAUUUGAUUGCAAUCAGUUUUUCGAUCACCAUGACAAAAUCCCCCCCCUUCCUUCCACCCUUCCUUUACUAAAAUCCCCUCCCACCCCCUUCAGAACACCAAUCAGAGGCUUAAUCAGGAGGGUGGCGUGUUCCGUAACAUUCAGAUAGAAAUAUAUCACGUAGAACAGACAUUGUCCUUUGCCAUGGAAAACAGGCAUUCGUGUCCGCCCUAUACAUGGCAUUUCUAUCUGAAUAGUUUCUAUCUCAAACGCACCCUGUCUCUCGUUAGCCCGCCUAAGCCCUCUCCAUUGUCACAACAACGUUUGUGCCCAAAAAGACCUGGACAAAAAGACAAAGUAGGUUGGCAUUUCUCCAGCUCAGCCCAUAUUGAAGCACAGCAAGGGUCAUCAAGUGUACUGUACCAGCCCUGUGGAGAGACAGGAGGAACAGGCAGGACGUGUACUGUGGACACACGCUGUGGAUCCUGCAUAGGCAGGAAAACAAACACAAACAGGCUUGCGUCCCAAAUGGCACCCUAUUCCCUAUAUAUUGCACUACUUUUAACAAAGGCCCAUAGGGCUCUAGUCAAAAGUAGUGCACGGUGUAAGAAAAAGGGUGUAAUUUUAGAUGCAGACACAGUGCAUUUUCUGUUUCCUAAACCCUCCUGCUUUCUGCUUUCACUAUUUCCUCCAUCUUUGGUCACGUUCUCUUCCCCUCAUUCAACACAGUGUCAGAAUCUAAUUCUAUGAUUCCAUUCCACCUGCAUGGGAACUAUGAAGAGGGUCUCUCUGAUUGGUUGGGAAGACGAGAGGGUAGUUCAGGCCAGGGGUACGUACCCAUGCAGGGUGAAUACUGUGCCAAUGUUAAUCAUAUUACUAAUUUAAUCAUGGGUUUUUCUAAUGAGUAAAUGAUCUAAUCUAAUGAAACAUUGAGUGUUACUGAGUUUUAUGUGUAAUUAUCAAUGGUUUACUAAUUGAAUCAAGAUAAAUUUGAACAUUUUGAAUAUGUUUGGUAUUUGAUUGAGAAAUUAGAGAUGUUAUUAUUAUUCACAACAUUUGAUGGAAGCAUUGCUACUUUGUAGUAUGCACAUUUUAUGGAUACUCCUACAUGUACAUAGUAACCGCAAUCUAGUAUAUAUUUAAACCAGUUAACUGGGGGAAACUACUUGGGUAGACCUAAUACAUUAUUCAAAAUAUUUGCGGACUUACAGUACAUAGCUGGCUUAACAAAAUGUAUCUAAGCACAAAUGUUUCAGUUUGAAUUUAGACACAAUACUAUAUCCAAUUUACAGGUAUAUUUAUAUCCUUCUGUGUAUGUAUUAAUGUGUAUACAGUUGGAAUACUCUGUACAGUAUGUAGCUGACAAACCCAAAAGACGUCCCUCUCCCUCCCCUUCAUAAAGAUAACCACUCUCUCCAUUUCCAUCCUCCUAUCAGAGACAGAACCAGCAGAGGGAGAGAUACAACUUCUAUGAGCCCAAGAGUUUGUCAUACUUGUACAAAAAUCAAGAAAUUAAAUGUAAAAAAAAAAAAGAUCAUAAAAAAACACAGAUUAAAAAAAAAAAAGUAGACAAAAAGAUGUCAUGAAUUGUGCUGAUCCUCCUUGCCUUGACUUCUACUCCCCCUUCUGACCCCCCAUUCAUAAAUCUGACUGCAACCCUGGGCCAGACCCCCCCACCCCUACCCUCUCUUCUACCCACUCCCCACCCCAUCUCUGCAUGCGCCACAGUCUUGCUGCGCUGCUUUUAUUCCAUUUGAGCUUGUAACACAACCCCCCCCCCCAAAAAAAACCUGCCCCUAUUGUGAUGUCAUCAAAGCAGUCUGGCCCCUCCCUGCAACGAUGGUGGAGGAUGCAUAGGUGUGUGUGUUAAGUUUGUGUGUGUUGAGUGUCUGGUUGAGUGUUUGUGUGUGUUGAGUGUUUGUGUGUGUUGAGUGUCUGGUUGAGUGUUUGUGUGUUGAGCGUGUAUGUGUGUGUUGAGUGAGUAUCUGUGUGUGUGUGUGUGGAGGUAGGGUAGAUGAAGAGGUGCAUUAAACCCACUCACCGCAGCGCAGCACUGCCUUGAUGACAUCAAGCCUGCCAAUUGUAAAAUGCAAAAGCAAUGCAAGUGUGGCAUGCCUCUGUUCCUGGUGUGUGCGUAUAUACGUACGGUGCCUGCCCUGGAAAAAUAAUCGGAAAACGACAUGAAAAAAAAAAGAAGAUAUUUUUUAGCUGAACAUAUAAACAAAAAUGUGUGUUUCUUUGUCAGAGAAAAAAAACAUUUUUUUUUUGCAUGAGAUGUCUUUGAAUGAAAAUGUCUUAGAGGAUACAUUGUACCACAUGGCAAGCAGUGGAGAUAAAACGAUUCAUUUUUGCAUUAAGUUGAUAUUAUCAAUGGACUCUUUUUAUCAAGGGAGGGGUGAUAUCAUGAACAGUGAGAAGAAUCCUAUGGAGAUGUGACAAGGUCAUAGUUUGUCCUUGGGUCGUUUUGACAAACGUCAAAUAAAGCAGUGAGAUCAUGUUGAUGUAUCAGAUGUUGGGUCAUUCGACUAACUGUCUGCUGUAUUAUCAGAGGACUUCUCACUGUUCUGACACCCCCCUCUUCCUCAUUCAACCAUGUGAAUUGAGAUGUGGAGGGCACAAAAAAUGAACCAGUUAGCCCAGAUAUUUUCUCCUUCUCCAAUUUGACCUGGUCAAAAGUAGUGCACUAUAUAGGGAAUAGGGUGCCAUUCGGAAUAGUGUCAAAUUUGGGACGUACUAAAUGAUCUAAAUUAUGAUCAAUCCCCCCCAUCUGAAAAAUUCAGAACAGACCUGGGUAUAGUAUUUUGGCGUGGAUCCACCAGAAUGUAGGAGGCAGAGGUUAAAUGGUGAGGCUAUAAGAGCGUACUUACUAAGAAGGUAUGCCAGAGGAGGCUGGUGGGAGGAGCUGUAGGAGGACAGGCUCAUUGUAAUGGCUGGAAUGGAAUAGAUGAAACGGAGUCAAACGUGUGGUUCCCAUAUGUUUGAUACAGUUCCAAUAAUUCCAUUCCAGACAUUACAAUGAGCCCUUCCUCCUUAGCUCCUCCUCUGGUGUUCACUACAAGUGUACACUACAUAGUAAUGUAGUAAGUGGACUCAUGUCUGCUAAAAGAUGAAUGUGAAGUCUUAUCAAACUGAGCCAUGAAUGCUGCUGUCGCCAUUUCAAUAAUAAUAUACCCUCUCGUUAAGCAUUGUGGGUAAUCUCAGCCUAGGCUACUAUUUGUGUUCUUGAUAAAGGAUGUAAUAUUAUACCAUUAUACCAAGACUCCGCAAAAGCCUUAUGUACUGUAAUAAUUACAUGCUGACAUUCAAAUAUCCCACCAACAAUCUAUAUGGCUUAAGGUAGCGAAUUAUUCAUUUCCUGUUUUAAGUUGUUAGAGAGGAACAGACAAACUACACUGAUAUGUCACUAGCCUACAAUGCAUUUUACUGUAUUCUGUUUCGUAAAAGGGUCAAGCCUGUGUUUAUAUGGGGAAUGCUAUGCUAUGCCCUGUUCGGUCUGGUCUUAGUACUUCUUGAUUCUGGUAAAGCAUACACAGUAUUAGAAAGUAGAAGAAAUACUGUAUGCAACCACCACCACUAGUGUGAUUAUGUAACUUAAUAAUACUAUUCCAUACCAUUCCACUGAACCUCUGAUGAUGUACAAUCCAAGAGAAAAUGUUUUUUUUUCUUCUUCUUUUCUUUUGGUUCUGAGAAAAUAGGGAAAUAUUGUUAGUGUUGACUUGGGAACAUAGGAGAAUGUUCAUGUAUUGUUAUCUGCAAAGGGUUUCAGACAUGUGUGCUGCAUCAGAACUAAACGCCUCUCUCAUUGGAGCGCUCCUUUAUCGAGUGCUUUCCAAUCCAAAAACUAUCAUCCGAUCACCUAUAUUGCGGUGAAGAAACCAUGCAGGCUCACAAAAUACUCAAUUCAUACUUUAUCGUAGUCCCUCCCACCUGGAAAUACAAGUAUGAGACAAAAAUCCCUCAACGUCUGUCAUCCAGAUGUCAAGUUGAACACGCACACUAUUGUAGAAGUAUAGAUAUCAAAACCGCACAAAUAGUAUUCCUGUGAGUAUAGGUUUUUUGUCCUGGGCGAGUGCAGAUUUCAAAGGCCGUGGAGUUAGUUAAUAGCAGACAUGAAUGUAUAUGGGUGCCGUUACUAAGGGUCUUUGUUGCGAGAAAUUGUUAAAACAUUUUAUUUUAUUUUAAGAGAGAAAGGAUUAAGACAAAAAUGACAAAAAGCAGCUAAUGGUUCUUCUAUUGCUGAGAAAACCACAACAUUUGAUGUUUAAGAGUGACUGUGUACAUAGCUAUAUCUAUUACUGUUGUUUUGAUUUACAGUUUAUAUAUAUAUAUAAUUUCUGUUGAUUUCAUCAAUGCUAAAAUAAUGGACUUUGGAACUGUCUGUCUGAGAAGAUGGCUGUCUUUGGAAUGUUCCACCAAACGUGGGGGGGGGGGGGACAUGCCACUGUGGCAGUUUACCUGGGGGGGACGGGACAAAAUGGACUCUCCCUCUCUCUGUACUCCUCUGGUGAACUUAUCACUCUGCUGUGGCUAACAGGAUGACUAACUCUCCACUGUGGUCACAGGUACCAAGAACGCAGAAGCACUUGUAGCACAAUUGUCUUUUUUUUUUCUUUGAGUAUGGAUUUUUUCUCUCCUCCUAGCCAAUAUCUACCCCUCUUGCUCAUAUACCGUAUGAACCAUAAGCCUAUAUACAAGACAACGUUAUAUAAAGAAAUGCAUUACUAUGACCCGUGGCUAUUUGUUGAAGUUUGAAAUUUGCCAAAUUUGUUGCAUUUUUCUCUCAAACUGCUAUGUUGUGUUCAAGAAGUGUCAACAAAAUCCCGUAUUUAUCGGUAUCAUUUUGGAAACCCUGCUCACGUGCCAUCUAAUCAAGCAAUAAAAAUAAACAAACAAACAAUGAGAUAACGAGAUACAAUCGUAUAAAUUAUUUUAUUAGUGCGAAAUGCUGCAUUGUUGUUAUAUCUCAUAUGCUGGUGACGGAGGGUCGGUCGCCGUGACGUUAUCACUGUUGGCAUGGCAACACAUCACCACUGACGAUAUGUUGAGACCUGAAUAAGAGGUGUGAUUGUAUAAUGAUUAUUUUUGUAUUUUUUUUUCUUUAUAAGAGGUUUCAAAUGUUUUUGUUUUGUUUCAUUUUUAUUUUUUUUUUAACUUGAAGAUGAAUUCUACUGGUGUACCACUUGCAUUGUUUGUACAGAUGUUAUUGGGAGUAUUGGGGGGAGAAAAGUCCCUCCCAGCAGAGAGGUGAAAGAUGGCAGAGUUUCUGAAAGUGGUCUCUGUUAUCUAUCAGUCAUAUGAGCUUUAUUUAUCAGUCUAAAUCUUGCUUCUGAUUCUCUAGUAGUCAGGAGGAGUAUCACAGUAACUCAACUACAGCCAGGGGGUUGUCACUACUACUGAGAAUAAAAAUCAAUUAGCCCAUAUCAAAGUUUAAAACGCAAGCUGAAAAAAACCUCAAUGAAAAUCUAGUGUGAUUUCCAUGAAAGCGAUUCAACGUUUAUUUUAUAUAUACCAUCAACAAUUUAAUAAAGUUGUAAAGUGUAUUUUACUGUAAAUAGCAUCCACGGGGUAUUUUUUAUGAUCAUUUUGUAACAGAAAUACCUUAAUAUAACUUUUUUUUACGAAGUUUACAAAAUCACACACACUUAAAAAAAUAUAUAUCCAAACCUGAGAUUCAAUUGUAAUGAUCUUUUCAACUCUCUCACUAAACUCACCAAGCCAGAGACCGUUGGUUCAUUUUCAACUUCUUUCAGAGACCACUGCCAUCUUUCCCAGGAUCAAGGUGCUGUGUGGUUUAACCUCAGUAGUCAGAGAGAAAAGCCUACUGUUGUCCUGUUCUGAUGGAGAGGGAGUGGCCUGUCAGUGGCUGGAGAGCACCCAACACUGUAGCACAGCACAUAGUGGAUGUGUCUAAAAUGGAACUUUAUUCCCUGGCACUACUUUUGACCAUGGCUCAUAGGGGUACGGUCAAAAGUACUGCACUGAAUAGGGUGCCAUUUCAGACUCAGCCAGUGUAUUAGCUAGCCCUAGGAGUGUGCAGCAGCAACAUAUUCUCUCCACUUUCAGAUCUUGAGCUGUCAUGGCUGUCUGUUGCCAGGAAACCAACCCACACAAAGCACAGCAGGGAAAUGAUAUGCAGCCACACUGAGGGAGUGAGGAGGCAGGCAGGUCAACCAGCCGGGCCGCCCCUGAGUGAGAGGGGGAGGAGUGUGGGAGUGAGUGUGUGGCAAGGCUAAGGCUAUGAUUAAGAGGGGCGAGGGAACCUUGUAUGAGGAUGCCUUGGGUGCUUAAAGUAGGCCACUGGGGAAGAAAAAUUAGGUAAACAGUGACAGGGAAAAGAGAGGGUUAUUACAGAGAAGAUGGAUCAGGGUGCGAUCGCAGACAGUUGAGGGUCUGUGACUGAAGAGCAAAUGAGAAGAGGGCUAGGGGAACCCAAGGGAGACGGGUUCAAUUGGCUCAAGGCCUUAGCAAGAGGUCAGCCAAGCAGAAAAGAGGUGAAAGGCGGUCACAAGGCAGAGGGAUUUGAUCGCGGUUAAGGUACGGCCGGCUCGACCAGACCGCGCCUGACCUUACCUGAAUAGAGUGUAGAUGCAGUGAUGACCUGGUGUACCUUUCUGGGCUCGUAUUUACAAAGCAUCUCAGAGUAGGAAUGCUGAUCUAGGAUCAGUUGGACCUUUUAGAUCACAAUGAAUACGAUUUUAUGGACUGGGGAAACCUGAUCCUAGAUCAGCACUCCUACUUUGAGACGCUUUAUGAAUACGGACUAUUCUUUAUGUUCCUCCUUCUGACGUUCCUUUCUUUUGACUGCUGUAUUGUUACUACUGAUUAACCAUUUUUUGUUUUUUUGCCAAUCAAUGGGAACACUGUAAAGCUGUAAAGAUAAAGAUUUCCUGCAUUGUGAAAGAAAAAUGGAUGUACAUAUUGUAUCAAUUAAAACGACAAUGCAUAAAGCUUUUA